CAAUCAGAGCGGUGGAUCCACCCUCUGCGCCUUGGCAACGGGACGCACAAGCAAGCUCGGCGCGAGGUGGCGGUUUGAAUCUGGCCCCCGGCGAAUCGCGUUAUGUCGCGACCGAAGAAUCAAAAUUAUAAGGGCCAUGGAUUGUCAAAGGGAAAAGAGCGGAAAAUCAUUGAUCCUGAGCAAAUGUUCAUUGCCUUACCUUGCAGAGAGCAGGGAGCACCAAUCCGGUUCAAGACCGCCCUCAUGAACACACUCAUGGAUGUCCUUCGCCACAGACCAGGAUGGGUGGAAGUGAAGGACGAAGGGGCGUGGGAUUUCUACUGGUGUGAUGUCAGCUGGCUCCGGGAGAACUUUGACCACACCUACAUGGACGAACACGUUCGGAUCAGUCACUUCCGGAACCACUACGAGCUGACCCGCAAGAACUACAUGGUGAAGAACCUGAAGCGGUUCCGGAAGCAGCUAGAGCGUGAGGCGGGAAAGCUGGAGGCAGCCAAGUGCGACUUCUUCCCCAAAACCUUUGAGUUGCCGUCCGAGUACCACCUGUUUGUGGAGGAGUUUCGCAAAAACCCAGGAAUCACCUGGAUCAUGAAGCCUGUAGCCCGGUCGCAGGGGAAAGGCAUCUUCCUCUUCCGCAGGCUGAAGGACAUCAUGGACUGGAGGAAGGACACAAGAAACUCUGAUGACCAGAAAGAUGAUAUUCCUGUGGAGAACUACGUGGCUCAGCGUUACAUCGAAAAUCCCUACCUGAUAGGAGGCCGCAAGUUUGACCUGCGUGUCUACGUGCUGGUGAUGUCGUAUAUCCCGCUGCGGGCCUGGCUCUACCGGGAUGGCUUUGCCCGAUUCUCCAACACUCGCUUCACAUUGAACAGCAUAGACGACCAGUGUAUCCUGGGAUCCUGCCUAACCACCCCCAACACACCUACCCUUCCUACACUCUGGCCAGUCCCAAGUGAGCUCUUUUGUCCCACAGGUGAGGCCUUCUGUCUCCUCUACAGCAGGUGGGAGCAGUAUGUUAAGUGUGAAGUUCUGGGAGCCAUGUUUCCUUCAUCCAAAGAGAGGUGGCUCCUAGAGGUCAAUGCAUCCCCAUCACUGACAGCCAGCAGCCAGGAAGACUAUGAACUCAAGACCUGUCUCCUGGAAGAUACCCUGCAUGUCGUGGACAUGGAAGCAAGGCUCACGGGAAGGGAGAAGCGAGUCGGGGGCUUUGACCUCAUGUGGAAUGAUGGCCCGGUUAGCAGAGAGGAGGGGCCUCCUGACCUGUCGGGAACAGGAAACUUUGUGACCAACACACACCUCGGCUGCGUCAACGAUCGGAAAAAACAGCUGAGGCAGCUCUUCUGCUCCCUUCAAGUCCAGAAGAAAGCUUCCAAUUGAUCCCCAGCUGCCAGAAGGAAAUCAGCCUUGGCAGGUACCACCCAGGCCUCUCCCCGACUCCCAGAUCCCAGCACCUCACAGCACUCGCCUCCCCACCUCCAGCCUGGCACCAGCUUUGCUGGCUUAGCAGCUGCAGCUUCCUACUUGAAUUAGGCCCCUUGGAUACCUCCAGCCCGUCCCCAGGCAUCUUUGCACCAGGAGACAGCCAAUCCCUGGGACUGGAGGGGUUUUAAUCUUGACUGACUUGGCAACUGGGCCUGAAGAGAACAAAUACAGUUCUGCUACCCCUGAGAGAUCAUAUCUAAUAAAUAAGCACAAGCC